GAUUUAGAAGUAAGGAUAUUAUUUAACUAAAAAUUUAUCUUGAAGAAUAUUUUUCUUAUAGUUUUUGAGUUAAUGAAGUUGAAAUAAUAUUGCCGGUAUAUAUAUCAAAAAUUCUUAGUACGAAUUGCAAUAAAGUGUUUUCUGCUUACUGUUGUUAGUUCACUGCGAAUUAACAUUUACAAUUUGCGCGAUAUAAUUAUUUACUAUUAUUCAUGAACGAUUAUUUUUUGGUUAUACAAAAAACCAUAUCAAGCAAUUUUAAUAACCAAUAUUAAUAAGUUAAGUCAUAGCUUUUUGCUGGCCGUGGUGCUUGUGUCUGGAGAAUUGAUAAAAAGGUCGUUUCCAAAAGCGUUAAUAUUCACUUUUUAAACCGGCUUUACAAAUUCCGAAAUACUUUUAAAUAUCAAAAUUUCAAGAAAUGUACCGUGUAGCUCUAAGAAGAUCGUGUCAAACUGUAUUGCAGAAAACACAACAACAACAAGCUCGAAGGCAUUUAAGCAAUGAUUUACCACCCAACGUAAGACAAGCCGGCUUUGGAAAAGUAAUUUUAAUACUGUCACCUUUUGUUGUAAUAGGUGGUACUAUAACAUAUGCGAAUUACGAUAAAGAUUUUCGAAAGAAGCUAGAAGAAAAAGUACCUGGAUCCGAAUAUAUAAUAAAGGUAGCUCUCAAAGAAGAAAAUCCCUUCAAAAGCAUCAAUAAUAAAAUCGAUAGUAUAAGUAAUUCAGUAUCUAAUGCUACCUCAACUGUGACAGGAUUCUUUAGUAGUUCCAAAAAAGAUGCACCCAAACAAACAGAUGAAAUCAAACAAAAAGUUGAAGUCACCAAAACCGCAGCACCAAUCCAAAAAACCACUACUGCCGAAGAAAAAAAAUUAACUGUGCCUGCCCCUGAGAAAAUUAUACCGAAACCAGUUGAAAAGCUACCGGAUGAUAUUAUUGAGUUAGAAAAAGCUGUUGAAGUGGCGGCAUCACUGGCUGUUAAGGAGUAUAAUAAAGCGAUUAGUAUAUUAAAAAUUUUCAAUGAAGAUGUCCGCAAUAUUGUUGACCAAGCUAUAAACCAAGUUGAUCCAACUUUAUGGAAUACGUUGAGAAAUAAAACAAGCGCGCGAGAUACAGCAGUUGAGUAUGCAGAGAAAUUGGCACGUGAAGCUGUAGAAAAAAUUGAAAAAUGUGAAAUUGCUCUGGGCAAAGCAAUAGAUACGGAAAACCAGGAUCAAAUUUUAAUAGUACGUAAUAGGGUAAAAACCUUUAUGGACCAUAUAAACUCUGUUAAAGAUGAACUAUAUAAAACUAAAGAUGUUGCUACAAUGUCCGAAAAAUACUGGAAAAGCGUGGAAAAAGCUCGCAACUACUUCAUAAAUGAGAUCGAGUCAUUAUUUCCAGGACUUAAUUUAGCUGAGAAGAAACUUAAUUUAUCUAAAGAGGAUCUGGAUUUGUUUCUUAUGCAUGCUUAUUCGCACGUUUUAGCGUAUCAAAAGGAAUUACAACGGCUACAAACGGAUGGUGAAGUGCGACUUAAACGUGCAAUUGAAGCUUUUCGUGGAAACGAUGCAUCUGAGGCUGUAAAAGCCCAAUUGGAAUAUCAGUUGGAAUUGGAAAAACGUAAAUUGGCGCUUGAAAACCAGAAGAAAAUUUUUCAAAUUCGUUCCGAAUCCGAAAGACAACUUAGAAAUCAUUUGAAGCAACAGGCUGAAGCUCACAUUGAUCAUCUGAAAGAUGCAUUAGCUUUAAGAGAAAAAGAAUUAAAACGAAAUUACUCACGCGAACUUGAAGAUAAACUAGCCAGUGAGAGAGCAAAUUAUAAAUUGCAAUUAGCCGCAAUGAUGGGUAAAAUGCGAGGAAUGGACUCUGCAUUGCAACAAAUUGAUGAUGAGUUAAAAGUUCGUGCUGAUAGUGAACGUGCAACUCAUCAAGCUCAAGCAUUAUGGGCAGCUUGUCAAGCACUGUGGUCAACUGUUAAAACUGGCGAACCAGGUGUUCAUUGGAAAACUAAACUGCGCCCAUUGAAAAAUGAAAUUAGAGCAAUUUCUAAAGUAGCUGAGGGUGAUGAACUUGUAGCUUGUGUUAUUCAAAAUUUACCACGUGAAGCGGAAGAACGAGGCGUUUUUCCUGAAGAUGCAUUAAGAGAAAGAUUUAUAAAUGUUGAGAAAGUUGCACGAAAAGUUGCUCUUGUCCCUGAAAGUGGUGGUGGAUUACCUACUUAUUUCUUAUCUUAUUUGCAAUCAUUUUUAAUAUUAACACCAGAUGAUCCUAUAUCUCAAGAUGAAUUAGAAAAUAAGAUAUUUGACUAUAGCAAAUUGGAUACAUACGAUAUACUUAAUAGAGCGAGGUACUUUGUCGACCGUGGUAAUCUGUUACAAGCAUUGAAGUACAUGAACCUAUUACAAGGUGCUUCACGCAAAAUCGCAAGCGAUUGGAUGAAGGAAGUGCAAUUACUUUUAGAAACACAACAAGCUGCAAACACUUUGAUGGCACACGCUGCCGCUAGUGGCUAUUUAUAUUUGUAAUUGAUGUUAAUGGGGCAAAUGCUAAUUGAGUUUAUUUUUAUUGUGACAAAAUUAAAGCUGAUUAUAAAAUUAAAUUUAUUUAAUUUAUGUUUAAAUGAAAUAUAGAAAAAAAUAAAGAAAAUCGAGCAAGUACUU